AUGGUUAACGAGGACAGAAUCAGUGAGCUGUCUGAAGAUUUGCUUCUGAAGAUCUUGUCUUUACUUCCAACAGAAACUGUCACAUCCACGAGUGUUUUGUCUAAAAACUGGAGAUCUCUGUGGAAGAUGGUGCCAAAUCUCAAGUUUGAGCCUAAGUCUGAUCAAUCCAAGUAUUACAACCCAGAGAAUAUUUACAAGUUUUUGACUUUACAUAAGGCUCCGGUUCUAGAGAGUUUGCAUUUGAACUUUAAAUAUGAAGCUGAUAUAUUGAAUAUUGGAAUGUGCAUUGAAACUGCAUUUGCACGUCGUGUACGUGAAUUGGUAUUGGUUAGUUUAUAUGAAGAGGAUAAGAAGUUUAGUUUAUAUGAUGAGGUUAAGAUGGUUAAGUUUCCGAGUGUUUUGUUUAACUUCAAUGAUACACUUGAGAUCUUAGAGAUCCAUACUUGUUUUCUUUUUCACUUUCCCUCUCGGGUUUUCUUGAAAUCCUUAAGAAAGCUAUUCCUCAACGAGGUAAACUUCGAAGACGAAGAAUCUGUUUGCAACCUUUUAGGUGGCUGUCCUAGUCUUGAAGACUUGGUUGUAGAUGGAGGAAACUAUUGCCUUGAGGGGCCUUUCACAAUCGCGGUGCCAUCAUUACAGAGACUAACCAUAUAUGAUAAUUACCCAGCAGCAGAUCUGGGAGGUUAUGUGAUAAAUGCACCUUGUUUAAAAUACUUGAAACUAGAAAGGUUUUGCAUGCUUGGGUGUUGUCUUAUUGAGAAUGCGCCAGAGCUGGUGGAAGCAGUAGUCGUUGAGGUUUAUAAUAUAACAAAUGAGAACAUUUUAGAAUCUCUAACUUGUGUCAAACGUCUUAGCUUAGAAUUUUCAUCAUCCUUUGAUAUUACAUUUCCUACGGGUAAAAUCUUUGAUCAGCUAGUCGAUUUAGAGCUAACAACAUAUGAAUCAGAUUGGUUGAGACAUAAUGGAACAGAGUGGUGGAAACGACUUUUGUGGAUGCUUGAUAGUGCUCCUAAGCUACGAAUUCUCAAGCUCACGGGUAUGGAUGAUUGCGAAAGAGAUUUAGACAAGGGAGAGGCAUGGAAUCCACCAGAAUGUGUACCGGAAUGUUUGUUGUUCCAUCUAGAGAAGUUAUUGUGGAAAGGAUUCAACUGGCAACAAGAAGAUGAGGAAGAAGUGGCCACAUACAUCCUAGAAAACGCGAGACGGUUGAAGGAAGCAGCUUUCUUCGUAAAGCGCAUUGAUCCUAAAGAGGUAGAAAAGUUGGAAAAGAGUUAUGAGUUGCUUGACGAGUUGGCUAUUGCGGACAUGGCUUCUAAUUCAUGUAAACUUGUGUUCGGUUCUAUUUAA